UGAGGGGGAGUCUCUUGCUCUCUCUCACUCUCUGAGUCACUCUGACCGUCAUCAGCCUCGGACCAGACCACCUCCUCCACUCUGACCGCUGUCCCAACACAGAGAGGGUGAGGGAUCUCGGUUGCCAUGGCAUCGGCCAGUGAGAGCGAUGACCGUGGCGAUCAGGCUGUUCCUGAUGGAGGUGAAGAGGAGCGGAGCGUCAGAGGAGUCCAGUCUCAGUACCUGCGCUGCUCCUCCCCCAGUUUCUCCAUGGUGUCUGAAUCCAGAUUCUCCACCAUCUCUGGCUCUGACGCUGCCAGCAUCUACAUGGAGCCCAUUCACCUGUCAUCAGCCAUCGCUGCCAAGAAGAUCAUCAACGAGGAGCUGCCUCCUCGUGUGCGCACAGAGUCCAUUCCGGACUCCGUGCUGGAGACCGCAGAGGAGCUGAUGGUGGAGGACCUCUACAACCGGGUCAGGGACAUGAUCGACGACCGCAGUCCCUACAACACUCCCUGUGUGCUGGACAUCCAGAGGGCCAUGGUGCAGGACCGUCUGGAGGCUCCCAUGAACCCGGUGGAUGAGGUGUGGCCCAGCAUCUUCAUCGCGGAGAAAUCUGUUGCCGUCAACAAGGCUCGUCUGAAGCGAAUGGGCAUCACCCACAUCCUCAACACCGCCCACGGCACCGGCGUCUACACGGGCGAGUCCUUCUACGCCGGCAUGAACAUUCAGUACAUGGGCAUCGAGGUGGACGACUUCUCCGACGCAGACAUCUCCCUGCACUUCAGGCCUACUGCCGAGUUCUUGGACGAAGCUCUGCUGACGCACAAAGGAAAGGUCCUUGUGGUGUCUAUGAUGGGCAUCAGUCGCUCUGCCGUCCUGGUGGCCUCAUACCUGAUGAUCUUCCAGCACAUGUCCAUCAUGGAGGCGUUGACGUCCGUCAGGAAAAAACGUGCAAUCAACCCCAACGAGGGUUUCCUGAAGCAGCUGCGAGAGCUCAACGAGACCCUGAUGGAGGAGCGCGACGACGACGACGACACGCUGAGUCAGUGCUCAGUCAUCGACGCUCGCGCCCGCGCUCGCAUCUUCAAUGACGGUGGAGAUGAUGAUGAUGAUGAUGACACUGACGGGGAGGACGACCAGAGUAUGGUCCAGGUGAAGGCUAACUCCAUCAUGAUGGAGGAGGAGACAGAUGGACAGAGUGUGAUGAGCAGCGUGGCCUCCUCUGCAGCCGCCGCCGCCCUCAGGAGCGGAUCGACUGCCGCUCAGCACGGAUCCACCGGCGCUCCAGAGGAGUUCGUCCUCCCCGACCACGAGGCCAAGGAAGACGAUGACGACGGUCUGGAGGGAAUGAUCCACGAGUGGCAGAGGAGGAACGAGAAGUAUCAAGACGACGACUGGCUGGAGGCGCAGCUGAACAGCGACGGCGAAGACGAGGAGUCUCGCGCAGGAGGCGAAAGACCGAAGAGGAUGAAAGACGGCGCGGACGCCGACGUGGAGAGCGUCACCAGCGAGGAAGUGCGAGCGGUGAAAGAGCGGCUGAAGCGUCGCGGCAGGCGUCCGCCUUCAGACGCCAUGUCCACCUCCAGCUGCACGAGUUACUCUGACCUCUGGAAACAACGGCUGAGAGAAAUUGAGGAGCAGGCGGCCUCACGCUACCGCAGGAAAGAGGAGGAGGAAGAGAGUGAGAGCACUGUGACAGAGGACGGAGGAGGAGGAGGAGGAGGAGGAGGCGCUAAGAAGAGAAUUGAAGACGAGGUGCAGAGCAUCCUCUCCGACACCAGCUCCAUGUACAACUUCUGCCAGAACAACAAGGAGAAGCUGACGCCUUUGGAGCGCUGGCGCAUCAAGAGGAUCCACUUUGGCUGGAACAAGAAGGAGAACGAGGACGGAGAGAAAAGUUCUGUAGGAGACGGAGAGAAGGGCGAGGGAGGAGCGAGGACGCCGUCCUUCGAGGACGUCAACCUGACGGCGUAUCAGGCGUGGAAGCUGAGGCAGCAGAAGCGUCUCGGGGAGGAGAACACCGAAGAGAUUUUGGAGAUGAGUCGAGGCGAGGACUCUGCCACCGUCAAGAGGAGGCAAAGACGGGAGGAGGUUCUGGAGCGUUCCAAGAAGAACUUAGAAGAAAGUCAGUCCCUGUGUGGCUGGGAGAAUGAGAGCUGCGUCAGUGGAGGUACGAUUCCACUGUCAGCCUUCUGGGCCGGAGCCGGAGUCACAGGACCGCCGAGUGUCUCCAACGACGACAACGUGUCCGUGCUCAGCGGCAGAUCGUCCCUCAUAUCUUCAGUGUCGCAGCCUCGCAGCUCGAGAUCAGCGCAGUCUGCGGUUCCUCCCAUCCUGCCCGUUCCAACCGUCCAGGGCCCGGGAGGUGAACCCAUGGUCAACCUGGCCAGCAUCCAGAGCUGGAUCGCUAACGUCGUCACGGAGACGAUCAAACAGAAGCAGAGUGAGAUGAGUCUGCCUCCUCCGUCACGAGCAGGAUCACAGCUCAGCUUUGGUGGUGGAACCAGUGUGAUUUCAGGCCGAGGAGCCGAUGAAGACAAAGUGUCCUCGCUGAGUGGAGCGUCUUACUGCAGCGGUCAGUCCCAGGUCCGUGGGAGAGCGGAGUCCGUCCUCUCAGGUGUGGGGUCCAGCAGCGUCUCAGGGCUCAGCAGUAAAGGUUCAGUGCUGGACUCCACCUACGGCUUAAAGAAGAAGAAGAUCACCACCACCAGUGUCCCGCUCUUCAGCCUCUUCCAGGACCAGGUCAACCUGGGCAAACUGGACGCUAUGGACAAGGAGAUCAAGUCUGGAAUGAGGGACAAAAUGGCGACCUACGAAAAGAAGAAGAUCCUGGAGGACAACAAACGUAGCACCCUGUACAAGAAGAAGAAACCAAAGGAGGAUGAAGACGAGGAGGAUGAGAGGAAGAGGAAAGAGGAGGAGUUUCUGGAGGAGGCAAAGAAGAAGGAGAAACCAGCGAGGACGUAUGGUCUGUCUGGCUGUCUGAAUCUGAAGACGGCUCUGGAGAAAGACAAGGACACCAGCGUGGACGACUGGCUGAAGAGUGUCCGGCCUCCUCCGAGGAGAUCGGCGGCCGGAGCAGGAGCAGAAGAUCCCUACGAUGAUCUCGACGCCUCCGCUUCUGAAUUUGAUUUCUCCAGCCGCGGGGACGAAGAGGAGGAGGAGGAGGAGACGUACGGCUCCAGAUCCAGAUCCAGAUUACGAGCAGAUCUGAGCAGCGAGGAAGCGGAUUAUUCCUGCAACGGUUUCACACAAGCACGCGGCUACGGCAGAGCGGCGAGAUCGUACGACGCUUACGACGGCGUCGACGAGGCGCCGGAGAGCCACGACGACUUCUCCACCAGGAGGAGGUACGCUCACCACACGCGGUACGACGGCGGCGAGGCCGAGGCCGGCGGCAGGAGAGGGAGAGCCACCAACGACGAGGAGGAGGAGGACGACAUCGCGACCUUCAUCGCUCAGACCAGACAGAGGGUCAGAGCUCGGGCGGCUGCAGAGGCAGAAGACGACGAGGUCCUCGCUGCGUGGAGAGCACAGCAGGAGGCCAAGUCACAGAGUCGCAGUCAGACCUAGAAAACUCAAGAACACUUCACACGCGAGCUUUUAGCCGGCGAUCGUGAGCCCGAUCACGACCACGUUCAGCGAGUGAAGAACUGAACCAUUCUGUGAACAAACCUUUUUAUUCAAACUGAUUCUAACGAUUCAUCUACACCCAAAACAACCGCUUUACCAGGAGGUCCUCGCCGAGCCGAGCUAGAGCUGUAUCGUGUAAAAGCACCAGGGGGCGCCGUUUAAAAUAAUCAGACGUCUGAAUGUUAGUUUUGACUUUAAUGUAACUGUGACAAUCACAAUGUUUUCAAACCUUGAGUUUAUUCUUAGAGUUUGUUUUUUUUGAGGCGAUCCGAAGAAACUCACUUUUUCUCUUCAGCCGUUUACGUCACAUUUGCAGUUCUCCUCCAGGGCCACACGAGGGCGCUUGGUCUUAUUGUUUCAGCAGCCGUUUGUGUCAUUAACCAUAAUAACUGCAGCUGUGAAGCGUGAACUGCACCAUAAAUGCAUUUAUUUGCUCUCAUUUAUUGAGUGGUGUCAAUAAUCAAUUUAAAUAUUCAGAAACACGUCAUUGUGAUGAAAAACUUCACUGAUUUUUACUGUAAAUUAGCUCGUAAACAUUUGUUCUCUUGAAACUCGUCUAUUUUCACACGACAUGACGAGAAAGUCCUGAAAAUGAAAUGGUCUCUGUACAGUCACGUAGUUUUAUUAUUGCAAUAAAAGAUAAAUGAUGAGUCA